AUGCCUUCAAGGGUGGCGAAGGAGAUUUCUAAAUUCCAAAGUAAUUUUCUUUGGGGAGGGGUGGUGGAGGACAACAAAAGACGUAUUCAUUGGGUUAGUUGGAAGAAUGUUUGUCUUCCGAUUGAAUGUGGUGGUCUCGGAUUAAAAAAUAUCUCGGAUUUUAAUAUGUCUCUCCUUAACAAAUGGAGGUGGAGAAUUCUUAAGGGAGAGGAUUCGCUUUGGUUUAACUUGUUGAAAGCUCGUUACAGGGACAUCGCUAUGAAUAGUUUUUGUGGAGGGAAGGACGAGGUUUGUUGGAGGGUUUCGGGGGAUGGCAUUUUUUCCGUGGCCUCUUGCUAUAGUCUUAUUGCUAGGAAGCGUAUUCCGUGUGGGCCUUUUGAGAAGUUCAAUGAAGUUUUGUCUUUAAUAUGGAAGAUGGAUAUCCCUUACAAAAUCAAAGCUUUUGGAUGGAGGUUUUUUGUGAAUAGACUUCCUUUUAAGGAUUUACUUUUGGUUAGAGAUAUAGUGUUGUCUCCGGAAAAUUUAAAGUGUGUUUUUUGCGGUAUUGAUCCGGAAAAUCGUGAACACUCUUUUUUGAAAUGUAAAGGAGUGGAGGUGGUGUGGAGAGAAAUAUCUUCUUGGAUUGGGAAGCCUUGGAGGGUAAUAGAAGAAGAGUGUAAAGCGUGUUUUAUGGAUUGGUAUUCUGUUUGUAAAAAGAACAAAGUGAAAGUGAACAAAUUAGGUGUAGUGUGGAUAGCUACUAUGUGGAUUCUUUGGAUAAGUAGGAAUGGUAUUUGCUUUUGGAACGAAGUUUGGGAUGUGAAUAAUACAUUGUGGAAGAUCAAAUCUUUGUUGUGGAAAUGGUCUUUUUUUGGAGAAAUUACUCACCCCAUUAGUAGCUUUUACGAGUUUAACAAGGAUCCGUUGUUAUUCCUAUCGUAA